CUCCAUCGUUUCAGCGAUGUGACAAGGUGUUGGUUUAUGCUGAAUGUUAUAUGGACAAAAUUCUGAAGAUGUUUAUGACGCACACUUCAUUAACAGAAAAACAGUCUAAGUGCCUUGAAACUCGUCUAGAGGAUGCAUCUGAAGUACGAAAAUUGGUAAGAAGCGGAGAAAUAGGGCCAGCUUCCCACAUCAGGGUUCACAGACCACGUGCUCUACAUUUUUUGUGUUGGAAAUUUGACUAUAGUUACGAUCACCACUUUUUAGUAACCGAUGCAACAGAAAACAAAUUGACAAUUGUUCACUAUGCCCCGAAAAGGAUUUCUAUGAUAAUUCUUUUGAAAGGGGUCGCCGAGAUCAUCCAGGAAUCGGUAGAAGUUACGGACAGUGACGAAACAUUAGAUUUUAGUUCCGGUGUGUAUCAUAUAACCUCUGACUAUUACCCCAAGACACAAGAAGAGAAAUCUGAAGCAGUAAAACGAGCCAAAAGACGCCUAGGUGAGAGACAAUACUCAGUGUUUCACAAUAAUUGUGACAGUUUUGUGUCGUGGACACUGUUAGGGAAAUCGUACUCACACCAGGCAAUGAAUGCCAAAGGACUCCUCUUUUGCAUUGGAAUCUGUGCCCGAUGUUGUAUAAGGAUUUAUGGGACCUUGGAAUUAUUUAAAAAUGCUAUAAAAAGACUUUCUUAUGUUUUUGGUGAAUAGUCCUAUGGAUUUCUUCAUACUAUAAGCAUUGCUGUGAUACUUUUAUUGUUGUAGUCAUCUUCAUCUAUUAAACUUUAUGCUCAUUUAUUCGAAAAUUCAUUUUAUACAUAUUUUAAUAAAUAUUGAAUGUUA